CGGAUGUGCGGCAAAAAUUGGAACUAAUUUCGAGGUAAAUAAGUAAAUACUUGCCGGACUCUGUUUUUCACGUAAUUUCCCUUGAACUUUCCACGUAAUUUCUCUUGAAAUUGCACAAACAUGUCCCGGUACGGUUCCAGUGACUGGGUCCGUCAAAGCUCCCUCAAUUGGUACGAACGUCUCGCAAUAAAUGUGACAAAAGUGGGAGCUGUCCCACGUCAUGUUGCCUUUAUUAUGGAUGGAAAUCGCAGAUUCGCCAAUAAAUCACACAUUGAGAAGCGUGAAGGACAUGCAGCGGGAUUCGAUAAACUCUCGGAAACUCUUCAAUGGUGCUUGGAUAUUGGUAUUACCGAAGUGACCGUGUAUGCCUUUAGCAUCGAAAAUUUCAAACGUAGCUCGGACGAAGUGGAAUCAUUGAUGUCGUUGGCACGUGAAAAGUUUGCUAAACUACUGGAAGAACGGGAUAAACUGCAUGAACAGGGGAUCUGCAUCCGAAUCAUUGGAAAUUUAUCGUUACUGCCCAAAGACAUUCUCAAGACGAUGGCAGAGGCAAUUUUGUUGACGAAAGACAACAAAAAGGCAAUUUUGAAUGUAGCAUUUGCCUAUACGAGUCGUGAUGAAAUUACGAAUGGCAUGAAGACAAUUGCGGAAGGUGUGAAAAAUGAUCAAAUUUCUGUUGAUGAUAUAAAUGAGACACUUUUCAACGAAUGUUUGUACACGAACAAGAGCCCAAAUCCAGAUUUGCUGGUGAGAACUUCAGGAGAAGUUAGAUUUAGUGACUUUUUGUUAUGGCAGUCAUCUGCAUCUGUGGUAUACUUCACGGACACUUUAUGGCCCGAAUUCACGCUGUGGAAUCUAAUUUGUGCCGUUCUCUACUACCAAAUACAUUGCCCGGCCAUGAAAAAGGUGCAAUACGAGUUGAAAAAUCAUUCCACAGGUUGUUUGACGUCACGCAGCGAGACAUUUGUGAAAAAAGUCAAUGCCGAUCGUGAAACUAUGCUAAAAGAUUGUCUAGCCAAUUAAUACAUUCUGUACUGAUUAAAGUUUAUUGUUAUACGUUAAUUUAA